GGUGCUUCUUUAUUCUCUCAAAUCUUAAGUUGUAGAAGUCAAAGGCAUGGCAAAGUGAAUCAGUGAUUGAUUGUGUAUCAACUGUCCAUAGCAUGUGAAGCUUCUUUUCUGAGAACAGAUGAUCAGAGGAUUCAAGUAGUAUGAGCUGGAGUCUAGGUUGUGGACGAUUAUUUGUCUUUUGAAGGCUCAUGCACAGGGAAGGAGCCACAUAUCAGCGGUCAUGGUAAAAUGUCAAUGCGUGAGAGGGAAUUAAUCUAGCCUUUUCUGCUCGGGAAAGAGAAUAUAAUUAUCGACAUGAAAGAGCUUAUAUAUAUGUAUGAAAAAAUGAGAUUUCCAGAAUUGGGAUUCCGAAGGGACAGAAAAUUCCCCCAUGCAUUCCCAUCUGUAUCAUGAACCUGCAAUUUUAAAACCUUCCAAACUCAUUAAAAGCUGGAUUUUCUAAGAUGGGAAAAUGAACUCUCACAUAUUCAUAUGUGAUAUUUUACACCUUUUGAAAGUUAAAACAGGGACUAAGCACCUCAACUGCUAGUAUUUCAACCUAGUUUCCAAAAAGAAAAAGAAGAAAACUGUCUAAUGAAUGUGUUCGUGCCUUAAAGUUUAUGCGUGCUUAGGAUAUCGUUUAUUCGUAUGUCAUAGACCAGUUAAUAGUAAAUGAUUCUCUAACAAAUCACCCCAGAAGAGUUUUCUGUUUUCACAAUCUUUGAAGAGAAAAAUGAUUUAGCUGCCUGUACUUGGUAAACAAAUUUUACACUUCCGGGUUCUCUCCAAAAACAUGCUUUGAUUCUUUUUUUUUUUUUUUUUUUUAAAAAAAACUUUGACUUCUUUGAUUGAAUCAUGCCAGCGACAGGUAAUGUUAUUAGUUGCAUGGUAUUUAGCAUAAAACUAGAGAUUAAUUGGUGAAUGGUCAGUAGCAAAUUACAUAUUUUAAGCAGGGUGCACAAAAUGCAACAUCGUGUUAGCAAAAAAUGUACCAUAAUUUGGUGAGGGAAACGAACCGUGCAAGGUUAGUGACAAGCUUAAUAGGGCAAACUUUCCUGAAAUUCGUAUCUUCCACAAUCUUUUCAGACUUUGUGUGUGUGUGUGUGUGUGUGUGUGUGUGUGUAUAUAUAUAUAUAUAUAUGUUUCUUAACAGACAUCAUGCAACAAAACUAAUAGUAGUAACAGUUUCUUCUAUCCACCACGACAGCUAGGAACAAGUAUAAAAAUUUUAGGGCUGGAUGUAAAACAUUACUCCUAACAGUUUGGAAGGGCUGGCUGAAAAAUUGCAAAUGGUUUUGCCUACUUAAAAGUUGUUCUUGAAUGACAAUAAUUGUUCUUCGAAUUUAAUAAUGUGCUAUUUUUUUUUUCUGUAUGCUAGCAAUAUUUAAUAGGAAUACCUGAUUGUAGCUACAAAAUAUCACCCUCACAAGUAGCAUGGAAAGAAAGGUCCGUAGUUAAAAUUGUAAAUGCAGAGUAGAAAAAUAUGAGAAGGAAAAUGAGAGUUCAGGAUAAGUCAAAGCCAUUAGUAUCAUUUUAGAAAUAAAAUGCGAAUUUCCUCAAUUGUGACAAAUUUUCGAAGAGUUUCAAAGCUAUUUUUUUGUUUUGUCCAAAGGAAAAAAUGGGUUUUCUUUUCCUCCUCCUAUUUAAGGCUAACUUUUUUCUUUUUUUUUGUCAAACAUUUAAGGCUAACUUAUGGUUGAUAUUAGAACACAUAAUGCUGCCUACUGCCACGGUUGCACAUUCCACCAUAGUUUUUUUUUAAAAUUUUUCCCUUUUCCAAGGGAUUUAUUUUUCAAAAGGGAAAAAAUAAAAAAGAAAAAGUUUUCAAGGCAAAAAUGCAAAAGAGAAGACUGAAAGAAGGAUACUCCCCUUAUCCAAGAAACCAAAGAAAGGGAAGCACAAAUGGCGACAUUGCCAUCCUCUACUUUCCAACUCUCUAACCCAAAUCCCUUAUUUCAAUCAUCAUCAUCAUCCCCACGCACUUGCUCUUUACUCAAACUCCACGCGCCUCCCAGCCAUUCCUUCACCAUCAUCACUCGGGCCACUUCCGAUGACUCCUCCUCCGACGAAACUGACCAGACCCAAACAGAAUCUUCGGGCUCCGACUCAGACGUCUUCGAGAACCGCCUCUCCCAAGUCCGGCUCCGCUACAAAAGCGGAACCGGAAAGAAAGCGGAGGUCCGGAAGACCCGGAAGGGCAAAAAGGGAGCCUCAAGCUCAAGCUCCGGUUCCGGGAUGUACCUCCCGCCGGUGCCCCUGAAGGAGGCGGUCUCAGAAGGGCUGAAUGUGGAAUUCGGGUUCAGCCCGUACUCGGAGCGGGUUAACGGGCGAAUUGCUCUUAUUGGUCUAACCGCCUUGAUUCUGGUGGAGCUGGCAACGGGUCAGGGGGUGAUAAAGUACCAUUCGCCGGCUAUAAUUCUAAUUCAGGUUUAUUUCAUGGCGGCGGCUUCGGCAUUGUACGUUAAGCACGAGAAAGAGAAAGUAAGUGUUUGGCCUCAGACCCAGUCAUCAGCUUCUUCCUCCUCCUCUUCUGCUGACAAAUGAACACUGACAAAGUUAAUAUUCAGAAGGGUUGGUAAUUGUAAGCAUGUAAAAUUCUGAAUCUUUUUGCGUUCUUGAAUUUAUAUGUGUUGGCUAUUUUCAACUA